AUGCCAGGGCUGGCCCACAGCCCGGGAUCACCAGGGGGUUGGGGUCCUUGGGCCAAUGGGGUCGCACAGAAGAGUAACAGAGAAGCAGCCUUGAAGAAGGGAAGUCACCAUCCCAGAGCCCAGGCUGAGAAGAGGGAGCUCAGGAGGGACAGCCCUGGGAAAAAGGUGGGGACAGUUAUAGGGUCUGGUCCAGGCCUCAGGCCUGCCUUGAGGGGCAGUUGCUCAGAGAAACAUUCAUCAGACUAAGUCACGGAGGGGUUCUUGCCAGGCCUUUCCACAGCCCCUCCCUCCCCCCCUGUCCCUCGGCAGGUAAGCAACCACCAAGUGCUAGAAAACUCUGAGGUUGCCGCCCUCCUGGAGAACUUCAGCUCCUCCUAUGACUACGAAGAAAAUGAGAAUGACUCCUGCUGUGCCUCUCCACCCUGCCCACAGGACUUCAGCCUGAAUUUUGACCGGGCCUUUCUGCCAGCCCUCUACAGCCUCAUCUUUCUUUUGGGGCUGCUGGGCAAUGGUGCCGUGGCAGCUGUGCUGCUAAGCCACCGGGCAGCCCUGAGCAGCACCGACACCUUCCUGCUCCACCUGGCCGUGGCUGAUGCACUGCUGGUGCUGACACUUCCACUCUGGGCAGUGGAUGCUGCCAUCCAGUGGGUCUUCGGCUCUGGCCUCUGCAAAGUGGCAGGUGCUCUCUUCAACAUUAACUUCUAUGCAGGGGCCCUCCUGCUGGCCUGCAUCAGCUUUGACCGCUACCUGAAUAUAGUGCACGCCACCCAGCUCUACCGCAGGGGACCCCAGACCCGUGUGGCCCUCACCUGUGUAGCUGUCUGGGGGCUUUGUCUGCUCCUUGCCCUCCCAGACUUCAUCUUCCUGUCAGCCCGCCACGAUGAGCGCCUCAAUGCCACCCACUGCCAGUACAACUUCCCGCAGAUGGGCCGGACGGCUCUGCGGGUACUGCAGCUGGUAGCUGGUUUCCUGCUGCCCCUGCUGGUCAUGGCCUACUGCUAUGCCCGCAUUCUGGCUGUGCUGCUGGUCUCCAGGGGCCAGCGGCGCCUGCGAGCCAUGCGGCUAGUGGUAGUGGUAGUGGUGGCCUUUGCCCUCUGCUGGACCCCCUACCACCUGGUGGUGCUGGUGGACACCCUCAUGGACCAGGGGGCCUUGGCCCGAAACUGUGGCCAAGAAAGUCGGGUGGAUGUGGCCAAGUCAGUCACUUCGGGCCUGGGCUACAUGCACUGCUGCCUCAACCCGCUGCUCUAUGCCUGCGUGGGCGUCAAGUUCCGAGAGCGGAUGUGGAUGCUGCUCACACGCCUGGGCUGCCCUGACCAGAGAGGGCUCCAGCGGCAGCCGUCAUCUUCCCGCCGGGAUUCAUCCUGGUCUGAGACCACAGAGGCCUCCUACUCAGGCUUGUGA